UGGCUGCGGGAGGUGGAGGAGCAGGGCAAAAGGAUGCUGGAGAGCAGCCUCAGGGCUGAACCAGGGCUAAUGCCUAAAACACCGUCACAGAGGAGAAGGCCCAGGAAAAGGCAAUCCUCCUGCCUGAGGGAGGAAAACAAGGAACCAAACAGGAGGAGGUUGUCCCGGAGGAGAAGUGGCAUCAAGCCAGUGACUUCCAGACUCAGUUCCCAACAUCUCCUGAGCCAAGGGCAGCCCCGGAGCCCUGGCUGUGGCAGGGAGGAGGUGCCUGUGCCAGGGUCUCAGCCUGGAGUCACAUCUCAGCUCUCAGCACUGCCUGGGAAGUGUCCAGUGGAUGCACACAUAGUGAAUCUGGAUUGCCAGGACUGUGCCCAGGGUGCUGCUGGCAGUACUGCAGCCCCUCAGGCCGUUUUGGGGGAGCAGCUGCCUGAGGGGGUCACAGUGACUGAGCUGCAGGAUGUCUCCAGUGUUGCUGGGGUCCAGCCAGGAAGGAACAGGGAGGAGAGCCCUGGAAGGACAGUGAUCACUUCCACUCCUAAGGCUGCUCAGAAUGCAGAUCCAGCUGCACUCCAAGGAGAUGGAUCUCCUCAAGGCUCGAAGAAACUGCUCUUCCAGGGCUGUCACAGCAAAAGGAUGUCAGAGAAACCAGGAACACGGCGCCGGAGCAGUGUGGGUGCUCCCCGCAGGAGCCGCAGGGCUUCCCUGGUGGAAAAGUACUCCCUGGCGAGCAGGAGGGAGAACAUGAUCCGCAAAUCCAUUGGCAGGGCCAAGGCCAGGAAGGCAGCGACCCGAGAGGAGUCCUCAGCCUCCAGCAGAGUGAGCUGUCAGAGCUCCUUGGAGGUUUAUUUGGAAGAAGAUGUGACCAGCAGUACAAGGCCUGAGUUGGAACUGAACCCUCCAAGGGAGAAGGCUCCUGAAGAGCUCCUUAUGGCAAGCAAAAGUCCCCAGACUGCCAGCCCUCUUGCACAGCAGCUGUCCCCUCUGGAGCAGCAGGCAGGGAACACUCCAGGAAACCAUGUAAAUCCCAACAGUGAAUCCCAGAAGAAGAACCAGGAGCAACCCCACUGUGCCAAGUCUCGGGAGAAUCCCUCUUGUGUCUGGACAAGAGGCUACAGACAAGCCCUGGGUGUACUGUGGCAUGGGCAGCAGCCAGGGAGACAAGCCCUUUCUCCUUUGGAGGACAAGCACAAGACAUCAGCAAACCAGGCUCCACUAGCAUCCUCUCCAGCCAGCAAGGUGGUCAGGCCACUGAAGAACUUCCUGCAGGCUGUGCAGAGGAAUCAACUGCUGCCAAGCCCAGGAGCCACGGCACAAGGGGGCAUCAAGGACUUCAUCAAGCGCAGCACUCCCACCCGGCCAAACCCUAAGGAGAAGGAGAGGCAGAGACUGGAGAAUCUCCGGAAGAAGCAGGAGGCUGAGGAACAGAGGAGAAAGAAAGUGGAGGAGGAGAAGAAGCGGCGGCAGGCAGAAAUGAAGCAGAAGCGGGAAGAUCGUCUAAAAAAGGCCCUGCAGGCUCGGGAGCGUGUGGAGCAGAUGGAAGAGGAGAAGAAAAAACGGAUGGAGCAGAAGAUCCUGCAGAAUGAUGAGAAGGUAUGGUUUUCCCAGGGCUGGGAAGAGAAGGUGGCAGAAGAGCGGAGCAAGAAGAAAGUGUCCAGGAAGCAUGGGGAAGUGGAUGCACGGAAGCAGAAAGCACUGAGGGGGGAGGAAAAUGAAUUUGAGCAGCAAGAACCCCUGCAGAAAAGGAGAGAGGAUGAAGCGAAGGAAAAGGGGAAGAAAGUCUUGGACCUGAAGAACCUUGUAGAGCAGCGACAGGCAGCACAAGCAAAGGAGAGGUAUGAUCUUGGGGAAGAGAGCCCCAAAGUGCUGCUCCUGGGGCCUGGGCAGAAGAACAGAUAUGAGAAACCAGAAUCCAUUUUCCCAGCUCUCAACACCUGGCUCCAAGUGGUGAAGGAGGCAAACGGGCAGCAGCAGCAGCUGGGAGAAGAGAAACAGUCCAGACAACCAGCAACUCCGGGCGCUGCCCCAGGCACGUGGCUGAGCAAAGCCAUAAAGAAAUCCCUCUCCACACCCUGCCUUAGGCCUCCUGAGGGCACGCAGGGAUCCGGAUCCCCUGUGGGUGAUGGGAACAACUAUGGGCUGGAUCUGAACAGUGAUGACUCCACAGAUGAUGAGAAUGACCCUCGGAAGCCUGUCCCUGCCUGGGCUGACGGGGCACAGCUCCACCAGGCCAUUGUGCACCAGUACUACCACCCAGUGGACCUGGAUGCGCUGUUUGGGGCCAUCCCCAGCCCCAAGCUGGAGGACAUCUUCUACAAGAGCAAACCACGCUACUUCAAGCGCACCAGCUCAGCCGUGUGGCACUCCCCACCCGGCCCCAGCCCUGCCUGCGGCCCCUCCUGCACCUCCCACAUCUGA